GUUUUGCGUUAUAAAAAGGCGUUAUCCAAGCGAAAUAAAGAAAAAAAAUCAUCGGAAGUCUCAUGACAUAUAAAUCUAGGGACGGUCCGAUGGAGAAGAAGAAGGCUGUGAUCGCGUGUGCGAAGAUAGAACUCCGUCGAAAUUCUAAAUCUUCUGGUCAGUUGUUCGAUGGCGAUACCAAGGAUGCCGAGAAUUAUAAACAGAUCAUCAUCCCGCUUCGAAGGCGAUCGAAGAAAGAUGUUUUGCCGCCGUCUACUAGCAAAGACGCCGACGAUUUCGAUGAAGACGAGGCAUCUGAUUAUACUGAGACUGACGAGGCGGAGACUCCGACCAAAAGAGAGAGUUCGGAAUCAAAAUCUAAAAGAUCUCGCCAAAGGAAAAAGUGUUCUCUAAGAACCAAACAUCAAGGACCAGUCUUAUUGAGCAUGAUGAAACAGACCGUGGAAUCACUCGAGGCGAGAGUAUCAUCUCUGGUGAAGCGAGUGGAUGAAUGCGACAGAGAGUGGCAGUUGGUGAAAGAAGAGAGCAAGACGGCCAAGGCGUUCGUGGAGGCUACCCAGACACUUCACGACAAGAAACAUGCUGAGCUCCAACGUGUGUUGAAGGAACAGGAACGCUUGUCGGAUUUGUUUCUUGAAAAAUUGAAGCUAUAAACAGAAAACAUCCAAGGAGAGAGAAGAGAGAGAGAGAGAGAGUAAGUUCUAUAUCUUUAUAUCUAUCUAUUAUCCAGCAAAAAAUAAAAAAACAUGUUUGUGUUUCAUUUUGCAUAAAAUAUAAGACUUGCUGUCUCUGUCAUAAACCAACGAGAUUUAUGUAAUAAAAUG